ACUUUACAAGAAAGGUUUUGUGAUUCAGAAUUGGUUGAACGAUUAUACGGCCAAAUAAUAUGUCUUGCAGCCAUUAACAUACUACUAUCCAUAACUGCAUUUAUGGGGAACACACUGAUCUUAGUUGCUCUUUACAAGGACAGUUCCCUUCAGCUGGCGUCAAAGUUUUUAUUUCGUAACUUAGCCAUCACAGAUCUUUGUGUUGGAGGCAUUUUACAACCUUUAAAUGUUACCUAUUGGAUUUCUGUGCUUAAGGAACGCUGGGAUAUUUGUCGUUUCACUUUAGAUUCAAGUUUCAUUGCAAGUUUUAUAUUGUGUUCCGUCUCUUUGUUAACAACAACUACAAUAGGCGUGGAUAGACUUCUUAUCGUGUCAUUGGGACUAAGAUACAGACAGGGUGUUCGUUUGAAGCGAACAUACGAGAUAAAUGUAGCUUGUUUCUGGGUAAUAUCCACUGUUGCAUCAAGCAUGUAUUUUUGGAAUUACAAUAUAACGCUGUGGUUUAGCUAUAUAGGAUUAUCAGUCUGCUUAAUAAUUUCAAUCGUCUCUUACACCAAAAUUUUCAUUUUUCUUCAUCAACAAAAACUGCAAAUAAGCGUUCAUGAAAAUCGAUGGAAUCAAGCAAAUCCGGUCGGCAAUGUAGCUCGAUACAGAAAGGCAGUGUCUACUGCUCUAUGGCUUCAGUUCACAUUAGUUGUUUGUUACUUACCCUAUGGUAUACUAGCGAAUUUUUGGAAUAGCAACCUUUUUACGUUUUCAGCGAGAUAUUUUGCAGUAACUUUAGUUUACCUCAACUCCUCAUUAAAUCCUUUGUUGUAUUGCUGGAAAAUCAGAGAAGUACGACAGGCGGUGAAGAGUACAAUACGACAACUUUUAUGCUCAUGGGAAUAA